UGCGUCAUUUCCUGGUAAAUUCCUCCAUUUCCACUUAGGCAGGCGUAUCUAAUACUCACCUUCUCCCUCCUCCUUUCCCCUUUUGUUCUUCUUCUCACUUUCUCCCGUAUUUCUUUUCUACUGGUAUUUCUUCUCUGUUUCACACCAACAAACACAGUCUAUCUCUUUCAUCUCCUAUUAAUUCUUCUUCGUCAUCUCAUUUAUUAUUCAAUUUAACGAAUCAAUUCCUCUUACUCUUUUCAAUUUCAUGAAACAAGGACAAGACGGCGUUCGUUUUUUCAAGAACUAGGGUUUGAUUCAAUUCUGAGAUCGAUUAUCUAAUUUUUCCAUGGCGGAGAAUACUAGUUCAAGGAGAUACAAUCCAGCUGAUAAAUUAGAUGUUGAACAGAUACUUGCUGAAGCACAGAAUCGUUGGCUGCGUCCUCCCGAGAUUUGUGAAAUCCUUCAAAAUUAUCGGAAGUAUCAAAUUGCUCCAUCGCCUCCGGAUACACCACCUAGUGGUUCACUUUUCCUUUUCGACCGCAAGAUAUUAAGAUACUUCAGAAAGGAUGGCCAUAAUUGGCGGAAGAAAAAAGACGGAAAGACGGUCAAAGAAGCUCAUGAGAAACUGAAGGCUGGGAGCAUUGAUGUUCUGCAUUGUUACUAUGCCCAUGGUGAAGACAAUGAGAACUUUCAAAGACGAUGCUAUUGGAUGCUCGAAGAGGAUUACAUGCACAUUGUCCUUGUCCACUAUCUCGAAGUGAAGGGGAACAGAACUAGCUUUGGCUUUCCUGGCUCUAAGACAGUCAGUCCUGUGUCAUCUAAUUGUUUGCGUUCCCCCACUGAUUCCACCAGCCUCGCUAGUGCUCAGACGUCAGACUAUGAUGAAAUAGAAUCUGCUGAAUCUCGUCAGCCAAGUUCCACAUACCAACCUUUUUAUGAGGUUCCACAGUCCAACAUAUUGGAGAACCAGAUAGAUCCUGGGUUGUUCAACUCAUACUUUCCAGUUACAUCCACAAGUAACCAUCAUGAUUUCAGUCAAACAGCUAAUGCUGGAAUGAAUUUUAUUCCUCUUACUCAAGAACAAAUUGCUCUAGGAAUGGAUAAUUCAUAUGUGCCCAAAUGGUCAGUCGAACAGACGACUCAUUAUAUCAGCGCUCCCGAGCCGUUUGCUGGACAUAAUGAGCAAAAAGGUGUGCAUGUUCUGGAGGGUGAUCUUCAAAAUCGGCUUUCAGAUGCAGAACUUGGAGGGAUACUCAAAUCAUUUUUAGAGAAUGAUCUUCCAGUAGAUGGAACUGUUAAUUAUCCUUCCAUGCCAAAGAAAAAGCCACUUUUAGAGAAGUCUAGAACUGAUAGCUUCAACCGGUGGAUGAGUAAGGAACUUGGGGAAGUAAACGAUUCACAUACAAAAUCUAGUUUCUACUGGGAUAGCACAGAAAGCGAAAAUGUGGUUAACAAUGCCAACAUACCUCCUCAAUUGAACUUGGAUGCUUACUUGUUGAGUCCCUCGGUCGCUCAGGACCAGCUCUUUAGCAUUACUGACUUCUCGCCUAAUUGGGGUUACACGAAUUCAGAAUCUAAGGUUAUAAUAACUGGAACUUUCUUGAAGAGUCAGCAAGAUUUAGGAAAUUGUAGAUGGUCAUGCAUGUUUGGGGAGACGGAGGUUCUGGCAGAGGUGUUAGGAGAUGGUGUUCUUCGUUGUCAAGCACCUCUCCACUUAGCAGGGAGAGUUCCUUUUUACAUAACAUGUUCCAACAGGUUGGCUUGUAGUGAAGUGAGAGAAUUUGAAUUCCGAGAAAGCAAUGUUCAAGAUUUGGAUAUGACUGAUCAUUAUACCAGCAUUAUGAGUGAUAUGUAUCAUCAUGUAAGAUUCGGUAAAUUACUAUCUCUUAAAAUCGACAGUAAGGUCAGUUCUUUAAUGAAAGAAGAAGAAGACGAGUGGUUCCAAAUGAUAAAGAGCACUUCAGAGGAGGACUUUUUCCCUGGUAAGCAGAAGGAGCAAAGGCUUCAAAAGAUGCUGAAAGAGAAGCUCCAUGUGUGGCUGCUUCAGAAAGUAACUGAAGGCGAAAAAGGUCCUACUGUGUUAGAUGAAGAGGGUCAAGGUGUUCUACAUCUGGCUGCAGCGCUUGGUUAUGAUUGGGCAAUUGAACCAACUAUUUCUUCAGGUGUUAGUAUCAACUUCCGUGAUGUCAAUGGAUGGACGGCACUUCACUGGGCAGCAUUUUGUGGCAGGGAGCGAACUGUUGGUGUUCUUGUAUCCUUGGGAGCGGCUCCUGGAGCAUUAUCAGAUCCUAGUCCCAAAUUUCCUUCUGGGAGAACACCUGCAGAUCUUGCUUCUGCCAAUGGUCACAAAGGAAUUGCUGGUUACUUGGCAGAGUGUUCCUUGACCACCCAUCUUUCUACGCUUGCUUUGAAGGAAAGAAAGGAAAAUGACCUUCGAGAGACCUCCGAUGUGACAGCUGUACAGACACUUUCAGAGCGUAGUCCAACACCAAACACUGUUGGUAUUCCGGAUGUGUCACUAAAGGAUUCGUUAACUGCUCUUUGUAAUGCAAAUCAAGCUGCUGCUCGUAUUCACCAAGUCUUCAGGGUUCAGUCAUUCCAAAAGAAACAGUUAAUUGAAAUUAAUGAUGAUAAAGUAAAUAUGUCAGAUGAGCGUGCCCUGUCACUUGUGACCAUGAAGUCAAAUAAGUCGGGACGAUAUGAUGAACCUGUGACUGCAGCUGCAGUUCGAAUUCAAAACAAAUUCCGUGGUUGGAAAGGGAGAAAGGACUUUCUGGUUACCCGACAACGGAUUGUUAGGAUCCAGGCUCAUGUCAGAGGGCACCAGGUCAGAAAACAUUACAAAUCGAUCGUCUGGUCAGUAGGAAUUGUGGAGAAAGUAAUUUUACGCUGGAGAAGAAAAGGCAGAGGCUUGCGUGGUUUUAGGGAUGAAGCACUUCCAGAGGCUCCCUCUUCAAGCCUAACCACAAAAGAAGAUGAUGAUGAUUUCCUGAAGGCAGGAAGAAAACAGACGGAGGAAAGGCUAGAUAAAGCACUCUCCCGGGUGAAAUCCAUGGUCCGGUAUCCUGAAGCAAGAGAUCAAUAUCGUAGGUUGCUGACUGUUGUCACAGAGAUUCAGGAAUCCAAGGCCAUGAAUGAUUGGGAUCAAAACACUGCAGUAGAACCAGUGGGAGGCGGCUAUGAUGACUUGAUCGACUUAGAAGCGCUACUGGACGAUGAUACUUUCAUGUCAACACUUCAAUAGCAUUCCCCCACCCACAGCAUAAAAAUAACUCUCUUGUAAAAAAAACUGUUUCUGUUUUCAGCUCCUCUUUUAGGUUACUAACUGGCUCAGUGUAUUGGUAGGUAUUUAGUAAAUUAUAUGUAACUUAUUGGAUUGACAAAACCUCGCUGCAAAGGUUUACUCCUCUUGCUGUUUUGUGGUUUAUGCAGUGUCAGACAAGUGAAGUUUUAUCUGAACUAGUAACUUUUGGUAUCUCACCAAACUGAUAGUUUUGUUUUAGACAACAGUUCUAUUUUUUGUUUUACAAUUUGCAAGUCUUCUAUAAACAGAAUUUUCCA